AUGACCGUCGUCGCUACCCACUCCUCCACCUCCUCUGUUUCCUCUUCCGACUCCAAGCCCGCGCAGAUCUUCUUCCCCGACCUCAUCUCGGCAUGCCCUUUCCGUCUACGCGUCAACCCGCACUGUAAACGCGCUUCGAGCAACUCGAAGCAGUGGCUGCUCCACGGCUGCCGUCUCAGCAAAAGGCGCCGCGCCGCCUUCCACGGCCUCAAGGGUGGUCUGCUCACCGCGAUGUGCUACCCCCGCGCACAGUACACCGAGCUCCGCGUAUGCUGCGACUACAUCAACUACCUCUUUCACCUCGACAACAUUUGCGACGAGAUGGACGACCGGCGCACCGUCAGCACCGCGAGCGAGGUCAUUGGCGCGCUCCGCGACCCGCGCGGCUUCCGCCCUUCGUCUGCGGUGGGCAGGCUGACGCAAAGUUUCUGGCAGCGCAUGACGGCAACCGGCUCCCGCGGGGCGCAACGGCGGUUCAUCGAGACGUUUGAGCUCUUCUUCCGCGCCGUCGCGCAGCAGGCAAAGGACCGCGAGACGGGCAACAUCCCCGACCUCGAGUCCUACAUUGCCAUGCGCCGGGACACGAGCGGGUGCAAACCCUGCUGGGCGUUGAUCGAGUACGCGAACAACCUCAACCUUCCCGACUGGGUGAUGGACCACCCGGCGAUACAGGGCCUCGAAGAAGCCGCCAAUGAUCUGGUCACUUGGUCAAACGACAUUUUCUCGUUCAAUGUCGAACAGGCGAACGGCGACACGCACAACAUGGUCGUCGUUGUGCAGCACCAGGAGAACCUCGGACUGCAGGAAGCCAUCGACUACGUCGGCGACCUCUGCCUCGGCUGCAUCGACCGCUACGAGCACCUCCGCGCGUCGCUGCCCGAGUGGGGCCCCGAUAUUGACGCGCAGGUCCAGACGUACGUCGAGGGCCUUGGCGACUGGAUGAUUGGUAACCUCGUCUGGUCCUUCGAGACUCAGCGCUACUUCGGCACCGAUGGGCCACAGAUCCGCCGCGAUCUGUCCGUCGCGCUCCUUCCGCGUCGCAAAUAG